GAAAACAAGUAAUGGAAAUGUGUCUGUUUGGAUCUGUACAGUUUAUUUGUGCUUCACUUUUAAUAAAACUCUUUGACUGGAUUUAAACUGAUUUAUUAUGAAGAUGAGGACUUUAUUGUGUCUGAUGAUGUUUUUAAUGAUCAGCUUCAUCUCGGUGAAAGGAAGGUGUCCCGGGGUGUGCGAAUGCCCGGCAGAGCGACCUGUGUGCCCACCGGGCGUAAGUACUGUGCCUGAUGGGUGCGGCUGUUGUAAGGUGUGUGCCGCUCAGCUGAACGAUGACUGUCAUGAAGGACGGCCCUGUGACCAUCACAAGGGUCUUGAGUGUAACUAUGGAAACGAUGUGGCGAGUAUCCAUGGAAUCUGCAGGGCUAAACUUGAAGGGCGCUCGUGUGAAUACAACGGACGGAUGUAUCAGAACGGACAGAGUUUCCGUGCCGGUUGCAAACAUCAGUGCAUCUGUAUCGACGGAGCUGUCGGCUGUUCGCCCCUUUGCCCCACUGAUAUUCCUCUGGCCACGCCCUCCUGCCCCGCCCCCCGACUGGUCAAAGUGCCCGGUCAAUGCUGCCUCAGCGUGGACUGCCACAGCAAGUCCUCGGUCCUGCCACCCGUCUUCAGACGACCACAACCUCCUCCCUACCUGUUCCCAGACCUGCACAAGUUCAAGAAGCCCGGGCCGAAACCACACCCCUACAAACCCAAAUACUCCCUGAGCAAUGAACUGACAGAGGUGGACAAAAAAUGGGAAAAACCACGGAGUCGAAAGCACCUGCCAGCAUGGAAGCAAGCUGGGCGUCAAUGUGUCACCCAGACCACUAGCUGGACACCUUGUUCUCGCAGCUGUGGGAUGGGGGUGUCCUCUCGGGUCACCAACGACAACGCUCAGUGCAAACUGGUGAAGGAAUCCCGACUCUGCAACAUUCGGCCCUGCAGUUCUGUCGCUGUGCCCAUAAAGAAAGGGAAGAAAUGUUCUCGUACCCAGAAGUCUCCUGAACCUCUGCGUCUUCAUUACGCCGGUUGCCGCAGCGCUCACCUUUAUCAGCCCAACUACUGCGGUAUGUGCUUGGACGGGCGAUGCUGCUCUCCACGCCGCACACGAACGGCCCCCGUGCUCUUCACGUGCCACGGCGGCGAGCGCUUCGAGAGGGCCGUCAUGUUCGUGCAGUCCUGCAAAUGCAACGACGAAUGCGGGCACCUGAACGACGCAGCCCUGCCCCCUCAGCGCUGGCUGUACGGCGACAUGCACAAGUUCAUCGAUUAGGAUUUGUUUUUGUGAAGACCCCUGCCCUGCCCCAUCCCAGCAGACCCCCGAUAGAGUAGCGUUUCUAACUGCAACCGAUUAGACGCUAGAUCAUGCAGGGCCUUCGUCGCACCUCAAAUCCACACGGAAAAGGCCAAGUUUGGUUUCUGAAUCCUUUUACCAAGAGUGGAUUGGAGCUUUAGAAUAUAGACAUUUUAAUGAGGGUCCUGGCGGACAUCACCGAAAGGUUGUGAAUAUAUAGAUAGGAGUUUUAUGAUUGUCUAGCCCUCACCAUUAAACAGUGAUGCAUUCUGGGGCAUCUGCACAGGUGGACGCAUCGUGGACAUCAAUCAUCACACUCAUUGGAGGAACAUUAGCAAAAAAGGAUUGUCAACGUAGCGGGACCAAACCCAAGUCCUUACACGGGCCGGUGUUUUUUCGGUAAUUUCUUUAAUCUGCCAAAUACAGUUGAUUUGGUUCGGUUGAAUUUGGACAUUCGACACAUUGAGAUGUCUUUCUUGACUAAAGGGACUUAAAGGGACUGUUUUAAGAUGUAAAAUAAAUCUUUGGUGUCCCCAGUAUGUGAAGUUUUAGCUCAAAAUAUCAUAUAGAUAAUUUAUUAUGACAUGUUAAAAUUGCCACUUUGUAGGUGUGAACAAAAAUGUGCUGUUUUUGGGUGUUUUCUUUAAAUGCAAUGAGUUGAUAAUGCAAACACUGAUCACCAUAAUGGUGGUUUGUUGAAAUUGAAA